UAUCUGAACAGCUUCCGUAAUAUUUAUUCUGUCAUCGCUCAACAGCUGCCUCCUAAUGUCAAUCUACUUACGUUGGAGCCGUGGAAAGAUGGAAAGCUACUAGUUCGGUUCGAACAUAUCUUCGAAACGGGUGAAGACUCAGUCUACUCGCAGGCAGUUCGAUUUAACAUUCGUGAUGUUUUCUACGCUCUGAACAUUGAAAGCAUUCGCGAGACCACCUUAGGCGCCAACCAGUGGAAGGAAGACUCACGACGUUUGCAAUUCAACGUCGAAUCUAAUGACAUCAAACGGGAGGAGCAGUCAGACGAGGUUGAGUUCAGGCAAAAUAAUGACGAUUUCUCCAUUGAACUACAACCUAUGGAGAUUC